AUGAAUGUUUCCUACCGACGACUCAUGAGUAAUGAUUAUCCACACUGGAGAGAUGAAAAUUAUGAUGACCUGUGGCUGGAAAGGGCAAAAAAACACAGAUAUGUUGCUGAAGCUGAGGGUGAUGAUGGAAAUGGUGAUGGCGAUGGUGGAGGUGGUGGAGGUGGUAGUGCAGGUGGUGGAGGUGGUGAUGGUGCAGGUGGUGGAGUUGGUGGAGGUGGUGAUGGUGCAGGUGGUGCAGGUGGUGGUAGUGAGGACGAGGGUGAACAGUCGGAAAUCGAGGAAACCAACGAAAAGUCUGAAUCAGCUCCUCAGGAUGAGACGGUGACUGAAGCAACAGAGGGUGUACCUCUUGAAUAUACGGAUUACGAUCCUAACAAGACAGAGAAAUCCGGAAAUGAUGAGUAUGAGCAAGUGGACAUGUCGUCAUCACGGAGCAUUGUCAGCUACUUCGCUGUUCUGUUGAACAUAAUUUUUGCAAUUUCCGUGCACCUUAUUGUUAGGAGAGGGUGGUAAUGAGGGAAUUGUAUUCCUCGCAUAAUUUUUAUAUUCUCUCAUGCUUAUGGUCAGCGAUUUUUUAUGUACUUUAU